UUAUUCUUGCACACAUUCACGUUGUGAUCUCAUGUGUAUUGAUACAUACAGAUCAUACUGUAUUAUUCCUGAUACUGGACAUAGAGUCACUCAAACAUCUGAUGAUCAACAAUUAUCUUCAUAUUCAGAGAUUUCAACAGCUACAUGAUCAAGACAAAUACUUUAUUCUGGAGAGAGUAAUGUUUGUGUUAAUGAGGGAAAAAAAGACUUUGAUUCUUCUGCUGGUAUGUUUUAAUUUAUUAAUAUAGAUCAUAAUGAUCAUUCAAAUGUACUCGUGUUUCAGAUACCAGUGGAGUGAGUUCUGAUGUGUUCAUCAGUUCUGGUGAAAAUGUCCAUCUGUCCUGUAAUAACUCUCUUUCUGACUGUGAAUCAACUACAUGGAUCUACUUUAACAGAUUCAGACAUUCACCAGCAGUUGAACUGAUUGAUCGAGGAAAGAAGAAAGACACAGAGAGAUAUGAGAGACUGAGUCUGGGGUCUGACUGCUCUCUGAACAUCAAGAACGUCACAGAAGAAGAUUAUGGAUAUUACAGAUGCAGACAAUAUGUGAAUGGACAACAACAAGGAACUGAUGAAUGUGUUUUUCUGCAUGUUCUUCAUGGUGAGUUUAUGAUUAUAUGAUCAACUUAAAAAGAGCAGAUUCUCCCUUUAAACUCAGAUGAUGAUUGAAGAGUCUGUGAUUUGUGUCUUGUGUUCAGUUUCAGUGUCUCCAUCAUCAUCUUCAUCAUCAUCCUCACAGACUGAGAUCAGUCCAGGCCGCUCUGUGACUCUCUCCUGUCAAUUGUAUUCAGUUUUCUGUGAUUAUUGGGUUCGUUCUGAGGGACUUCAGCUGUCAUGGGUGAAUCAGACUGGUGUUGAUCUGAAGACAGACUCCAGAUAUCAGAUAUUAUUCUCAUUAGAUCACUGUAUCAUCACUCUGACAACAACACUUCUGAAUGAAGAUGACAACAGAGAGUGGAGAUGUCGGCUUACUCUCAGAAAUCAGUCCAAGACCUCAGUCAGAUACACUGUCAAGUAUUCAGUCAGCAGCUCAAACUCUGAGAAGAAAUCAAGCCAAACUACAGCAGCAGCUCCUACACAAGAUCCAGCUGACACAGCAUCAGAAACUGAAGUCAGUGUGACUGCUGGAUCAUUAUUCAGAGUGAUUGUGAUGAUUGUUGAGAUGGCAGUGUUUGCUGCUCCUACUGUGAUUCUUCUUCAGAUCAUCUGUGCAAGAAGACCUGGGAGGAAGGACUCGCAGCACCCAGAGGAAAUAGAGAUGCCUACAAUAUUACAAUAAAAUACUGCUGAGUUUGGAGACGAUCUGAAACAAGAUUUAAAACAGCAAAAACUCACAGAGGAUUGUUCAUCGUUUGAUUUUCUUCUCAGAAAACAGAAAAAAAUCCCUGAAGAAGUUUAGAUUAAAAUAUAUUUUACAAAUAAAAAAGGCCAGAUUUAUGUUCAUUUAUAUGGUUUGAUGGAUGUUUUCCUACAGUGUUGAAUGUCAUUUUCUUGUGGUUCAUAUAUAAACUGCUUUAAAUAUAAUAUUAAAUACAGUAAAGGACAGACUGUUUGUUCUGUGUGAUGAAGAUGAUUUAGUGAUUCUUUUCAUUCCUGUUUGUAGCAUCUUUUUGUCAUUUUUUGAAUGAUUGCUUCU